AUGAACCACCUUGUCUGGAAACGCAACCAAUCCUCUAUCUCCUCCAGCGAUGGUCCAUCCGUGCUCUUUCGCCCCCUGCGGACCCGAUCCUACUGCUCUCUGGCGGAAGUCGACUUCAAUCUACACAAAUCUAACAGCACAUUCUACGCCGAUCUGGACAUAAGCCGGAUUGAGCUACUACUACUGCUCUUCAAGGACGUUAUUACACCAUUAUCUCCUCCAUCAAGAUACCACCACAGCGGAGGGCCCUACAAAAGCGACGAGCAACAAGCCGGAAGCUUGAAACAUCUCACUCCCGCGCUCGGCGGCGUGUCCUGCAUCUUCCGAAGGGAGAUCAAGCCCUGGCAGCGGUAUGAUCUUGAGUCACGAAUUCUGUGCUGGGAUGACAAAUGGUUGUACAUUGUUAGCCAUUUCCUGAAACCCGGUAGUCACUCUGAGACCGGGACGGGGGGCUCGGAGGAAGGUGUUCUUGCGUCGGCUAUCUCGAAGUAUGUUUUCAAGAAAGGGCGGCGGACAGUAACACCAGAGGAGGUUCUCCAAUUCCUGCAUUUGGUGGAAGACGGUGAUCAUGCUGAUGCUGAUGCUGAUGCCAAUGCUAAUGCUGACGCUUACGCUGAUGCUAGCAUUGAACGGUCGGGACUGGGGCCGAAGGUGAGAGGCCAAGGCGAUCAGCAGGAACACAUAGAGGUGAAACGAAAACGUGGUUUAGCACUAGCAGCACACAUGGCUGGAUUAGAUGGCCUUCAUCGCGUGGCAUAA